GUUUCUAUUGUGGAUAACGCAGCCCAGGCUACAGUCUGGAGUCCAAUUAGCAGAGAGCUUAACAGGGGUUUUGUUUAGCUUAGCAACCGCCUGUGCUGCCCCAGGGGCCAACGAGGGAGGCAAUCUCCAGUGAGCUCAGGCAAUAAUCUGUGCAACAAACACUAGUCCUCUUCUUCAUCUCCAUGACCCUGGUCCCUUUGGAGGUCUCACUGCACUGUGGGACAGGAGGGAUUGUUCCUUGCAAAGGGUGGCCUCUGUACCUUGGUCACAACUUCGGCAACCUGUGGAUCCAUUGAGGAGGGUCUGUCAGACCUGUGAGGAGCUAAGCAGCGUCCAGUGGUGGAGAAAGAAGCCUCAAGGUCUCUGUGUGCUAGGACCCCAGGAUCCAGCUCAUCUCCAGGGCCCCCUGGUCCAGAUCGCUGCAGGUGGUGGUGGAUGGAGCCCUGCAGCCCAGUUCCUGGCGUCCGUGACCUCCCGGUGGUGGCAGCAAGGAUAUCCUCUCCAGGACCAAGGCAUGAAGGUCGCUGUGUUGGACCUGGGAUCUCUCUUUGCCAAGAUCUUCAAGACCUCGGCUUCCCCUGCGGUCCCCAGUCACCCUGGAGGUUCUAUGGCCACAGGAUCAGUGUCCUCCACGUCGCUUAGCAGGGCAGAGACCCCGACUUUGCUCCCAUUGCUGCCUCCAGACACUACAACCUCUCGGGAGCCCUCCACUCCUUUGUACCCUGCCUCGCACCCCAGAAGCUCUGCAGCCCUCCGCAGGGUGGAAACAGCAGGGUGUCCGGGGUCUCUGCCCAACAGCCCUGGAGCAUCCAGAGCACAGCCCCUAGUCUCCAGCAGCAGCUCUGUGGGACCGAGCUCCUUGGCAUCAGUGCCUUUGCCCACCCCCAGCACUGUCUGGGCGACCCUGCCCUCUGUCACUGGCCCUGUGGGCAGCAAUAGCAGUGCAACCUCUAAUCCAAGGAACACUCACCAGUCGCCAGGUCCUGGAGAGCAAGGGCCCAGUGCUUGGAUGGCCUCAGGACCUGUCCCCAAAACACUAUUCUUCACUCUGCCCGACAUCGGGGAGGAGUGGGCCUCUGACAGCGACUCCCAGGAUGACCCAGAAGGAAGGGGGCUUUCGGAAGGACCCGGGAAGCACAGCUCCAAAAAGAGCAAAGAUCCGCUGCCUACAAAUUUUACAAGAAACGUGCAGAAAGCCAUUGAUAAGUAUGCCAGUGAGUCCCCUUCAUCCUUUUCAUCCAGUGGGAGCCGCACACCCACGGAGGCCCACAAUUCAUGGCCUGGCUCUUCCACACAGAGUUCCACGACUGAACUGUCUACAGAGAGGAGCUCAAUUUCUUCUUGGAGAGAUGAUGAAUUUGACAAAGUCAAUGCCCAGAAAGUCCAGCGGCUGUUCUGGGAGGUUGAGGAAAUGCUAUUUGAAGGGAAAGUGAGUCCCCAGACCCAGAAUCUCCUGGCUGAGUGCACUGAGUGGGCAGGAAGAUCCCUCCAUCUCAGGCUGUUAGGAAGACAGCUCAUCCCGCCAAGUGAUGAAGGUUUCCGACACUUCCAGGGGAGCCUGCCUAGUUCUGCUACCUACAAACCCUUACCUCCUGGUCCUGGCCACAUCAGCAGCAUCAGAGAGUUGUGUGUCUCUGGCUCUCAGAUAGUUCCAGAGGCACCCUCAGCCUCUACCCUGACAGACCCUGAUGGCACAGAGUUGACUGACCCCACAUCAUCCUCAUCUCUAGAAGAAGAGGUGUACCUCGUGGAUGGAAACAUCGAAGAAUAUUUUGCUUUUGACAGAAAACAGGAUGGAGAUGAGCAUCUGGAACAGAACCCAACACUCCGAGGCAGGAAGUGGCAUCGACAUGGGCUUCCUCCCAUUUCCCCUCAUGACUGUAUCAGAGAUGCCGUGGCAGCAGAAGUGUUUGAUCAUGUUUGGACCAAUGUGGUAGAAAUACUGGAAGAUCUCAUUAGAAAGACCUGGGAAUCUGCUCUCACAGAUGAAAAAGCACACAAAGAAAAAUUGAAAGUAGCUGGAAACAGACCUCUGCACGUGCUCGUGUCUCGUCUCAGCACUGAUGUUCCCAGCGUUCCCCCCUCCCGAAGCUCUGAGACUCUCCAUACAUCCUUGGCCACCCACUUUAAUCCUCCCCAGUUUUCUCAGCUCCAUCGAUUUUCCAGCAACUUCUAUAGUGACUUGAGUGGUGUAAUGACGAUUCAAGCCAAACCCCUUCAGCAGAGACCCGCAUACUUUGCAGAUAAAGCACAGAAUGAACAAGAUGACAAACUAUCUGGGGGAGGGAUCGGUGCAUCUUCACGGCACCGACUUGGCCGCAUCCCAGACCCUCGAGGACCACCGACUUCUGCCAAGAAAACACCAGUGCAUAGGAGACUGCCUUCGAUUGCGUCAGACCCACAGAGACUGAAAACCCCCACCGUCUAUAGUGAUGAAAUUCUGAGGGGAACCAAACUGCACAUUGGCAUCGACCACCUGCCUUCCUCAGCAAUUGCAACCUCCCGGAGCCGGUUACCCCCAAUAGGCUCCGAGGCUGGGGAGCUGAACACGGCAGCUUCUGGAUCCCGCCCUGUUUCUUACAGGGGAAGGCAUUCACAAAACCGCGUGUUCAGUGCAAUCCCUGACAGCAUCGAACGGUCACCCCUUCGAGAAAGAACCAUUGUCCUGGAACAGCUCUCAAGGCCCAGCACAACACAUACAUUCCAGUCAGAUACACCGAGAAAAGGUUCCCUGACACCUAUGGAGUUUGUUGCUCACACUUGGACAGGUCAAAGUAUUUUGACAGGUUCACAGUAUCUGCCUAAAUCUUAUCAGAGGGCAACUUUGACUGCAAGAAAGAGGUUCCAAGUGGCAUCGUGAUACUACUGCUCCAUGUGAAGCCCUGGCCACACCAUUUGUCACUUGAAAAGUGUAGGAACAAAUAUUACCUGGUAUAUAAUAAACUCACCUCUCUCUCUCUGACAGCAGGAGAUGGCAGGAUACCCACAAGAAACAUGAGUGAAUAAGUAACUUAGCUUUGAACCUGCCUUUGCAAAGAGAAUAAAAACUAACCUCGCCGACCUCUGUGGGAAACAUGCCUGAAGCUCCUGGGACUCUAGUGCUUUGCUCAAAAGACCCUAGUAUGUCCUUAAAUUCCCUCUUUUCAUCACGAAUACUGACAAGUAGUGUUCACACACUGAUAACAUGAGUGCAUUCCACAAGAACACGCCAUUUUGUAACUCUAGACCAUCACAGGAUUUUGGUCUCAUUCUCUUAAUGAUGCCAUCCAAACUAAAGCGCAGUCAUGUUUGAGACAAUUUGACCAUUUGAAAAAUAUUCUGGUUCUUCUGUUCAUUGUGCUGACUUUAAAAUAAUUACUGAACAUGCAAUGUAUAAAGUGAUAGGUUUCGUGAUGACAAGAUUUCUCAUCCCAUUAUUACCGUGUGAUUAGCCAUGAAUAUCUGAGAAGUCUUGCAAGCCAAGUGUGCUAAAAAAAAUGAAAACAAAAACAAAGAAAGGUGGUGAGCUAGUUUUCAUUGUUAAAUUUAGACAGUACUUUUAAAAGUACCCCACAUUUAAAGCUGAAUAUAAGCAUAAUCAAAAUCUUUUGCAUAUGGUUCCAUUAACAUUUCAGUUGGCAUGUUUGACAACUGGACAGGGGGAGUUGUAGCACCAGCAUCCUUAUGUCAUUCCAACUUACUCUUUGCUCUGAUGUCAACAGAGCCUCCCUCCCUGAGCCCUUGCUGAAAGCAACCUACCUUUUGCCCUUUUCCUACUCUGUAUUCUUCAGAACACGUGUCCCACCUGACUACCACAGACAGGGGAGUGGAGAACAGGGAAGAAAUGUCCGUUAGAGGCAAGGCCCAUUUCUAGUGCUUCAUCAUGGUUCGUUUCAUAUACACACAUCCCAAAGCAGAUGAACUUUUCUCUUCUUUGAUUAUAUAAUUACACUACAUCAAUGUAUUUACCGCAACCCCAGCACAGGAUAGAGAACGGACGCUGGUCAAGUUGCUGUAUUGACCCUUCCUUUCAGAUAGACACUCUGAGUGUCACUCUCUCUGCCUAGGAGAUGUGUCAAGCCCUCAGUUUCUCACAGAAAGCCGACAAAGGCAUUUAGAGAAUCAUCUGAACCAUUUCUCAUCAUAAGCUCUGGAAGGUCUUUGAAGAAAAUAUCAGUCUUAAAGCAAUCGCUCUCCAUAUAGAGGGGUUUCUGGAUGGAUGAGUGGGUAGAGUCCUGCCCACCAGUUGUCUGACUGGCUGCUCUGCGGUGACCAUUACUGCUAAGAGAGCCAUCCACUCUGCUCUCUCACAGCCAUUUAGCUCACUUCAUAUCAAUUCCUAGGUGACGUCCAACUGUCUCUCCCUCAACCCAAGGUUUAAAACAGGAGGUACCUAAUAAGAUGGUGGCUCCAAGAUAGAUUAUUAUCUUGGAGCCAUGGACAUGAUCAUUUUUUCUUUUUUUUUUUUUCCUUUGGUUUUUCGAGACAGGGUUUCUCUGUAUUGUUUUGGAGACUGUCCUGAAACUCGCUCUGUAGACCAGGCUGGCCUCGAACUCACAGAGAUCCAACUGCCUCUGCCUCCCGAGUGCUGGGAUUAAAGGCAUGCGCCACCAAUGCCAGGCGCCAUGGACAUGAUUUAAUGUGGCCUCACCAUGUUUGCCUUCGGAGGUUUGAUGUUGGAUAUGUAUUAUUUAUGUCAGCAAAGUAAUGCAGUCAAAAUAGAACCUGGUACAGUUUUUAUCUUCCAGGCAUUCUGAUUGGGAAGCACAGCUCCGCUAGAGGGUAGCUAGACUCAGAGGUCUUACCAAUUCUGAGGCGACCUUCUCCGGGAACUUAUUUUCAUGUCUCUGCUAAAGGUAUUUUAUUUAUAGGUGAAUAAGAUUAGUAAGUUAGCGAAUGAUGCUUGUGUGAGGGUGACAUUGUUCAGACUGUAAAGGGAAAACCAGGGGAGUGCUUCUACAAUAUUUGACUUUCAUAAGUGAGCCUUCACUUAGGCUGUCUCUGGUAAAAACUGAAAACUGGAAAUCACUUCAGAGAAAAAAAUUUCAAAUGUGGGUUAGUGAGUCCGUGAAUUAAAAUAUCUUUAAUUUAUCCCAAACCAAAGACAGAGUGAAAGAAUUUUAAAAUAAUUCAAGAAAAUAUGACAUUUGGUGGAAGAUGGCUAGAUUUCUCAAGGAUAUAAAAGGCAGUACAGAUCUUUAUGUCUGGAGGGAGUUUCUUUACUAAUUGAGAGGUUCACUUUGAACGCCAUAAAUCAUUUCAGUAUAUUUUUAUUAUUGUUGUUUUCUUAUAAUGAUGGAUGAUUGUUCAGCAAUUUAAUCAUUUAAUUUUUAAUAAAAUAUAAAAUGUUAACAGA